AUGGAUACUUCCGAUGAUAGAAGUGAAGAAAUCGAUUACACUAUGGAGGAUGAUUUCAUCUAUGAUCAUUUCAUCGCUGAUGAUUGUGUCUACACAUCCAGUUUUGUAGCUGCUGAUCAGGAGCCAAGCAACUUGAAAAAACUACGCGUAGAACAUCGAAUUGAUACUGAAGGCUUACUUAAAAUAAUUAAUCAAACACCACAAUUGCGCUAUUUGUUUGUUCAGUCACUAAAAAAACAGAUGGUCUUGCAAGACAUAUCUAUAAUUCCAAAAUUACCAAAACUAACAAAGUUGAUUAUUGAAGAUUUUGAAGGUAGUUGUAAAUCUCUUACAUCGCUCUUGGAUACAUUUGAUUGUCAAUUGAAGACGUUGAAAAUUGGAACCUCCUCAUUUGAUGAUGAUCAAGAAUGGAGACAACUUAUGAAGACUAGACUUUAUGGUCUGGAAACGUUUACAAUUCGCUUAAAACGUGAACUCAUGGACAUAAAGCCCUACUACUCCGUAGAUUUUAUCCUCGAGAAGGGUACUUUCAAUUGCAUGCGUUUCAUUUCAGACUCAUUUUGGUAUGAUCAUGGUUGGGUGGCAAAAAUGCGUAUCGACAAAGAUACAGUUGAGGCUGUUUUCCACCGUCCAAAGUAA